AUGAUUAGAGCCGAUUCUUACCUUCGUUCGCGGGGCGCCAUGCGCGUUCUUCUCCCAAGGGCCGGGUGCUACUUCAGCCAUCCGCUACGCUUAGGAUCUCAGAGGAGGGGCUUGCAAUGGUCCGUUCCCCAUCGCGCCGAUGAGAAACCUCAGUCCUUCAAGCAUCAAUUAUACGAAAGUACACAGCAACGCCUCAAACGUGAGCGUGCUGAACAGGAACGAUAUUCACAGUUCCAGUCCCAAUCCCAGGGCAGUCGCAACGCGGCGUUGAUGUUCGCAUUGGCCUUCUUCUGCACUGGGGCUUACUACCUGGGCUCUUUGAAACCUGCUGAGCUUCCCACUUCGUCAACAAGCCCCGUUUAUGAUAUACAGUCACCGCGACAUAACGUUACUCCCUCAAAUUUACAGGCUGCUUGGGCGGACUUCGUUGAGAUUUUAGGGAAAGACAAUGUUUCCACACAAAACGCCGACUUGGAUAUGCAUGCGGGGUCCGACUGGUCUUCCUACGCCCUGAAAGAGGGAGAAAGACCGUUCCUCAUCCUCUACCCGUCUACUACGGAGGAGGUAUCUCGGAUCAUGAAGGUUUGCCAUCAACGGUUAAUUCCAGUAACCCCCUACUCAGGCGGUACCAGCUUGGAGGGCCAUUUUGCGCCCACGCGGGGUGGUAUAUGCAUUGAUUUCCGUCGUAUGGACCGUAUUCUGGGUCUCCAUAAGCAGGAUCUAGACGUCGUGGUCCAGCCUGCCGUUGGCUGGGAGGAGCUGAAUGAACAUCUCGCUCAGGAUGGUCUUUUCUUUCCCCCGGAUCCGGGCCCUGGUGCUAUGAUCGGUGGCAUGAUUGGCACGGGCUGUUCGGGAACCAACGCCUACAGGUAUGGCACUAUGCGUGAUUGGGUGCUUUCUUUGACGGUAGUGCUUGCCGACGGGACCAUCAUCAAAACCAGGCAACGCCCACGGAAGUCGAGCGCUGGUUACGAUCUUACAAGACUCUUUAUUGGGAGUGAAGGCACCCUCGGUCUGGUGACCGAGGCUACGUUGAAGCUGACGGUCAAACCUAAGAGCCAAAAUGUCGCAGUCGCGAGUUUCGCGACAAUACAGAAUGCAGCAGAGUGCGUGACUCGCGUGGUGGAAGAAGGCAUCCCAGUAGCUGGGGUCGAGAUCUUGGAUGACGUGCAGAUGAAGUGCAUCAACGAAAGUCAGUCCACCAGCCGACACUGGAAGGAAGCGCCUACCAUAUUUUUCAAGUUUGCGGGUACGCCUGUUGGCGUCAAGGAGCAAAUAAACAUGGUGCAGAAGAUUGUUUCUUCUACUGCGGGUCGGUCCUUCGAGUUUGCCCGAGGUGAGAGCGAAAUGCAAGAACUCUGGAGCGCCCGGAAACAAGCACUUUGGAGCGUUAUGUCUAUGAGGCGAGGUCCUGAAGACCACGUUUGGACGACUGAUGUAGCUGUCCCUAUAAGCAAAUUACCCGAAAUCAUCGAGGCCACCAAACAAGACAUGACUGAAAGUGGGUUGUUGGCGGGGAUGUGCGGUCAUGUCGGAGAUGGCAAUUUUCAUGCGAUAAUCCUCUUCAAUAAAGACGAGAAAGCAACAGCCGAGGCUGUGGUUCAUCGGAUGGUAAAGCGGGCUGUUGAACUAGAAGGUACAGUUACUGGCGAGCAUGGAGUUGGUCUCGUCAAGCGGGAUUACCUGCAACAUGAACUAGGGGAGUCUACAGUAGAUGCUAUGCGCCGGCUCAAAUUAGCUUACGACCCCCUUUGUUUGCUCAACUGCGAUAAAGUUGUGCGGGUUGAGCCACCGGCGCCAGGUGAAGUUAAGGAAUGGUAA